CUCAGGUUUCCUUUCAGCGCCCGGGCAGCGCGGGUCCCUGUGCACACAGCCCAGGGCGGGCUGACGGCUGCCCCAGCCUGGCAUUUCUGAGAAAAAUAGGGGAGGAGCGACCGACUUCCUGGUUGAACUUUGAACUCCAUUGGGAGCUCGGCCUGUGCUGCGCUGCAAUGUCCGGCGGAACGGUCAGAAGCCUGGGGAAGGGAAGCGCGCCCCCGGGGCCCGUCCCCGAGGGCCUGAUCCGUGUCUACAGCAUGAGGUUCUGUCCUUACGCCAAGAGGACGCUCCUGGUCCUGAGGGCCAAGGGAAUCCGGCAUGAAGUCAUCAACAUCAACCUGAAAAAUAAGCCUGAGUGGUUUUUCAAGAAGAAUCCCUUAGGCCUAGUGCCGGUUCUGGAAACCAGUCUGGGUCAGUUGAUCUAUGAAUCUGCCAUCACUUGUGAGUACCUGGAUGAAGCAUAUCCAGGGAAGAAGCUGUUGCCAGGCGACCCCUAUGAGAAAGCUUGCCAAAAGAUGGUCUUUGAGUCCUUUUCUAAGGUACCAUCUUUGAUGGUAAGCUUUCUUAGAAAGCAAAAUAAGGAAGAUUGCUCUGGCCUAGAAGAAGAACUGCAUAAAGAAUUCAGCAAGCUGGAGGAGGUUCUGACUAAUAAGAAGACAACCUUCUUUGGUGGCAAUUCUCUUUCUAUGAUUGAUUACCUCAUCUGGCCCUGGUUUGAAUGGCUAGAAGCCUUGGAGUUAAAUGAGUAUGUAGAGCACACUCCAAAUCUAAAGCUCUGGAUGGCAUCCAUGAAGAAUGAUCCCAUAGUAUCAUCCCUCCCCACCGAUGUGAAGACCCUUCAAGGUUUCUUCAACCUCUACUUGCAGAACAGCCCCGAGGCCUGUGACUAUGGUCUCUGAUGGAGACAAGAGUCAGCAAUGAAGACAUAGCUGAUACUUUGCUUCACUAAUAUGAAUAAUACCAUGCUUUUAUUUUA